AACAGAAAGCUGAAAACUCGACCUCCAUUAUUAAACAUCUCUCUCUCCCCCCAUUUUCUCGCUCCACUUACUUUCUCUCUCUAAAUUGUGAGGUUUGCCUGGAUGGUGACCUCGAUAUUAAUAUUUGUUCUCAGGGAGAAGUUCUCACCGGUCGGAAUUUAGGGAUUGAUGUUCAUAUUUUCCGAUUCUUGACCCAUUCUCGUUUCUGGAACUUUUCUCUCCCUUAAUGGAGGUUCCUGGAAUGGAUGAGGUCAAGAAGGCAGGUGAUGACAUGGCAUUCUACGGGGGGGUUCAGGAUCCCUGCGAAGAUGCUUGUAGCAUAUGCCUCGAGGCUUUUUGUGCCAACGAUCCUUCGACGGUGACAAUCUGCAAGCAUGAAUUCCACCUCCACUGUAUUCUCGAAUGGUGUCAAAGAAGCUCCAACUGUCCAAUGUGUUGGCAGUCGAUCAGCCUGAAAGAUCCUACCAGUCAAGAAUUGCUCGAGGCCGUUGAACGGGAGAGACGUAUUAGGUUCACUCCAUCAAGAAAUGCGACAGUGUUUCAUCAAGUGCAGCAUUUACCGGUGGGAUUAAAUGAUUCCGAACUCGAGGACCGUAUUAUACAACAUUUAGUAGCUGCUGCUUCGAUGGGGAGGAGCCACCACCACAUUUCUAGAAGGGAUCCAUCACUUCGACUUUCGUCGUCUUCUAUGCAAACCAAUCAAGUUUCAACUUCAUCAUCUAUUUCUUCGGUUAAUGAUGAUAGAGGUCACGCGAGCGAAUCUUCCACGCCAUAUUUCGACAGUGCAGGGCCUUCCGAUUUUCAGUCUUUUUCAGACACUUGGAGAUCUCGAUUCAAUACAAUUUCAAUGAGAUACAAAGACUCGAUCUCGAAUAGUACGAGGGGAUGGAAGGAGAGGCUGUUUUCUAGAAGCUCCUCGGUGGCGGAUAUUGGUUCUGAAGUUAAGAGAGAAAUAGAUGCUGGCAUUGCUACUGUAUCUCGGAUGAUUGAGCGCCUCGAAACUCGGGAUAAUAUUAAUGGAUCUGGUCGAAACAAUCCCAAUGAAACAUCAUCAAAUGGCAGUAAUGUUUCUUCGUUUGGUGCAAGUUCAAAUUGAAGAUGUCGAGUUAUAACAUGCUGACGAUCGACUAUCGAGACCUAUGAGGAAGCUAGUUUUUUGACACUAAAAAUUAAAGCAGAGAAAUAUAAGAUUAAUGGAACAAUUAUGGGAAAAUCUUGCUUUCUUAUAGUUCAUAUAUAUAUCUUAAAUCUUCUUAUAGCUUAUAUAUC